CAGUUCUAUUUUUCCAAUCUUGAUAUGCAGGCACAGCAGCUUCGCGGCUGGUCGGCGGUUGCUGUGGGCGUUGUGCUCGCUCAAAUCGGAUUGUUGGCAAUCUCUGUUGCUGCCCCUCCACCGCCGCAGCCGCCAGCCUGGCCGUCCGCGUUCAAUACAUGCGUCUCCAUGUACGUGUCUUCCAGCGACCGGGAUUUCGUGCGCGCCGGGUGGUAUCUUGACGAGCAGCACCAGGCCGUCCGAUUGGACAGUUAUGGUGUUCCGCUUGCCGUGCUCUGCGAUCGCCAACGCAGAAACACUCUGCUCGCAGGCCGAUUUGCACCGGAUCCGUCUCUGGGUAGCCAAGCGUUGGAUCGCAUGGCCAAACAUGUUGCUGGUCAAUGCGGCGAGGCCGAUGGGAAAUCUUUCGCCGACGAGCAGCCUCCAAUCGCGAUCGCUGCUGGGGUCGGAACAUGCCAGUUGGGACCGCCGCUCUACGUGUUUAUCUGGCACUUUGAUUUGGGCAUCGAGUGGUUUAUUGCACCCGGUCCAGAAGGGUCGAUCUGCCAUCAAUCAAACAUCACUGCAAAGUUUCCGGCACCGCUAAACUUUGACUCUCGGGCCGUCUUCCAAGAGACCUCCGUCGUCAAUGGAACGGAGUUGUGGCACUGGCGCACCGACUACUUUUUGUUUUCCGUCGAUGCCUACUUCCGGACAAACGAUUCGACCCCAUAUCAACUCAUAUACGCCACCUCGUCCAACUUAUUUUCCACCUUCAAUCCAGGCCCCCAGAAUUCCUCGCUGUUUGAGCCACCUUCAGGAGUGAUCUGCGCACCGUAAUCCUUGAUUGUCAUGUUCAAAUUUUGGCUGACAAUGGCAGCGUCAUUUGCGUGUUAUUGGUCCAAUUGUGUCAAAUCUGCAACGCUGGCUGAUGGACUCGAGUCUUCACUUGUCCCUUGUCGCAUCUUCUUUCGGACAUGAGUAGCAAAGAUCUCGGCGACAGAUUCUGAGCAAGUCAACCAGUGAGUCACAGCAACCAAGAACAACAGCAACAGCAAAAAAAAAAAAAAAA